AUGAAACGAUUUUCUAGACAUCACUGUGUCCACACACUCAACCUUCCUCAUGUAUUGCUUCAGUCAUCAUCAUUUUCAUGUACUCACACAUUGAGGAAGAAGCAACAACCUUGUGGAGUAUUAUGGAAGCGCAUGCAUCUUGGAAGUGUUUUUUCCGAUUUGAUGAGCACCCGAGAAUUUUCAUCUCAUCAUCCCCAUCAAGGAACUGCUGAAAAUAAUAUCACUUUUUCUGAUGAUUUAAAUAUUAAAUUCUCGUUUGAUUAUCGGGAUAUUUAUACAAUGAUUCGUGAAGUAAAUGACCGUAAUAUUCAGUUUGUGUUUGAUACAUCAAGAAGGCAACAGUUAUUGGACACUCUUGAGAUUGGAAUGAGAAUUUUGUCAUCUUCCAAUGCCGAAGAAAAAGUCUCUCUGACUCAUCAGGCUCGUUUUUUACCUUCCAACAGAGAUCAUGAAGGUCUAAGAAUCCAGGAGGAAAGAUCCUUAAUCAAUACAACUGAUGAAGAUGAAUUUGAAAAACAAGUGUCAGAGUUAAGGAAGAAAUAUUUGAAUGAAUUCUGUGGAGAUCACUACAUGCCUGGUCGGCCUGAAAAACCACUUUUGAUUGAGGACAUGAAACAAAUUCCAACAAGCUACAAACAAGCUGGAGUUAGUCUUCCCAUAUUUUUACUGCACAACAUGGCUCAUAUCGAGCUAAAUGCCAUUGAUUUAUGUUGGCAUACCUUGAUUAUGUGUUUACUUAAUCCAAUUAAGGAGAGUGUAUUAUAUAGUGAAUCGAAUAAUGAUAUACAUGAUCAUGAAACACAUCAGCUCAAUCUUUUUGAAUUUAUGAAUGAUUUUAUAAAAAUUGCAAAAGAUGAGGCGAGACACUUUAAAGAGCUUUCAGAGAGAUUGAAUGUACUAGGCAGUUCCUACGGUGCGGUGACAAGUCAUAAGGCUAUAUGGAAUUUGGCUCGAGAUACUCAAUAUUCGCUUCUCGAGCGAGUAGUUAUCGGUAAUUGUGUGCUGGAGGGUAGAGGCCUUGACUCUGGUGAUCGACUCAUUUCCAAAAUGAUUGGAUGUGGUGACAUGAUCUCAUGCAAUAUUGUAAGGACAAUAUGUCAUGAAGAAGAGGAUCAUGUUCGAAUUGGAGUGAAAUGGUUCAACAACAUUUCACAAUUACUGUUCAAGAAUAUGGAAGGACUUACCUCGGUAUUACCGUCACAAUUUGACAAUUUUCAAAAACAAUUAUUUCAACAAAUUGUUUUGAAAUAUUAUGGACCUCUUCCAGGUCCAUUUAAUCAUGAGGCUAGAGGUGCUGCAAACAUGAAAUUGGAUUGGUACGAAGAGAUUUCAAGAAAUAAGAUUAUGAAAAAGUAA